AUGAAUCCCUCUCAUGGUGCACAGGCUUUCUGCUUCACCUUAUUUGUUUUCCACACAUUUUAUUACUUUACUUUUGUUCGCGGUGAAGUGGACACGUUUGGGAUCAUUAUUGCAUCUCUUCGAGGACCUUUUGAAGCUUCCCAACAGUCCUCUCUAGUUAUCGUACCACCGGUACGUAAGGCACCACUGGUACGUAGGGCACCACCGGUACGUAAGACACCACCGGUACGUAAGACACCACCGGUACGUAAGGCACCACCGGUACGUAAGGCACCACCGGUACGUAAGGCACCACUGGUACGUAGGGCACCACCGGUACGUAAGACACCACCGGUACGUAAGACACCACCGGUACGUAAGGCACCACCGGUACGUAAGACACCACCGGUACGUAAGACACCACCGGUACGUAAGGCACCACCGGUACGUAAGGCACCACCGGUACGUAAGACACCACCGGUACGUAAGGCACCACCGGUACGUAAGGCACCACCGGUACGUAAGGCACCACCGGUACGUAAGACACCACCGGUACGUAAGACACCACCGGUACGUAAGACACCACCGGUACGUAAGACACCACCGGUACGCAAGGCACCACCGGUACGCAAGGCACCACCGGUACGCAAGACACCACCGGUACGCAAGACACCACCGGUACGUAAGACACCACCGGUACGUAAGACACCACCGGUACGUAAGGCACCACCGGUACGUAAGGCACCACCGGUACGUAAGGCACCACCGGUACGUAAGACACCACCGGUACGUAAGGCACCACCGGUACGUAAGGCACCACCGGUACGUAAGGCACCACCGGUACGCAAGACACCACCGGUACGUAAGACACCACCGGUACGUAAGGCACCACCGGUACGUAAGGCACCACCGGUACGUAAGGCACCACCGGUACGUAAGACACCACCGGUACGUAAGGCACCACCGGUACGUAAGGCACCACCGGUACGUAAGGCACCACCGGUACGUAAGGCACCACCGGUACGUAAGGCACCACCGGUACGUAAGACACCACCGGUACGUAGGGCACCACCGGUACGUAAGACACCACCUGGUACGUAG